UUCUAGUCUUUUGUGAUCUUCACGUAAUCAGACACCGAGCCUUUUUCAAACUUUUCGUUCUUUUUUUCUUUUUUUAGACCCACCUUUUUUUUUUUUUCAUACUUUAGUAUUUUAUUAUUGCUGUUGUUUUUCCUUUUUUAAUUUCCACUACAAUUGUAGUGGCGACUACAUGGCAGGGGAAGAAGAGAAGAAGUUCUCCCAUCCGGCGUCCCAACAAGUCUCUCUCUCUCUAAUUUCUGGUUGGUUCAUUUUAGUCUCUUACUUCCUCUCUCUAAAUUCUGAUUGCCAGAAUUUAGUUUCUCUCCCUCUUAUCUGUUUGUGGGUGAAUAUCGAGAAUGGUACAAGGCGAUAUCAGAAGUAGCAGUAGGACACAGGGCAAUUCAAUUCAAAUGAAAUGACGCGGUUAUAUUCUCUCUCUAUGGUUUUUGGAGAUUAAUAAGAUCAAUGGGAGCCUAUCUACAAGGAAAAUAUAUAGGAGAAGAGAGUGAUCCGAAAUCAAAGUGGAAAAAUAUCAAUUUUUUUAUCCCCUCUCUCUCUCUCUCUCUCUCUCAUUUUUGAGUCCGGGGAAAUCUCUCUAGAGUUUUUGGUCUCUAUCAAUAAUGACAUUGAGAUCAAAUUUGGUAGAAAUGGAAAAGCGGACAAGACUCAACUAGAUGAAGCCAUUAAAGCAUUUUGCAGAAGAUGAUAUGUACAUCUUAUUUUUAGGAUCCAAUGCAAAUGCAAAUGUGAUAUGAUACGUUUUGCAUUGAGAGCAGAAGAGAGAGAGAGAAAAUGUUUAAAGCGGCUAGAUGGAGGAGCGAGAAGGCCAAGAUUAGAGCCAUAUUCAAACUACAGUUUCAGGCAACACAGGUAUUUCUAAGUGAACUCUCUGUUUCAGAUGAAUUUUUCUAAAGCUAGUUCUCUCCCUAGAAUUUCCACAAAAAAUUUAUAGAAACUGAAUUCAAACGCCAUGUUUUAAUUCCCGGAAAUGAGUCGAUUAGAAUUUUGUUUCUCUGUCUUCUGAUUGUUCUGAAUGAUGGGUCGACUACAAAGUGCUAUAUAUCCUGGAUUUUCAGGAGUGAUCUUGCCUGAUCUAGUUGAAAAUGAAUUAUAAGAAAUUUCUGGCAUUGCUCUCUCUCUCUCUGGUGGGGAGUGAUUGUGCAUAUCGGUUUGUAUUUAGAAUGUACUUGAAGUUUUGCUGAUCAGAGAACAACUUCAAGCACUUAUCUCUCGUUCUAAAAACUUGAACUGAAACAAUGUCCAGUGUUUCUCUCCUUUAUCUUUUCAAUUCUCUCGUCAAACUAUGCACCGGUGUGUACUCUCUCUCUCUCUCUCUCUCAUUUCAUUUGCAGGUGCCAGGAGGAUGGGAUAAUCUAUCCGUUUUUCUCAUUCCUUUGGACAUUGGAAAACCCACUGCAAAAACAGAGAGGGUGCCAGUCAACAACGGGACCUGUACAUGGGAAGAUCCAAUCUAUGAAACUGUGAAACUCACGAAAGACCCAAAAUCUGGAAAAUUCGAAGAGAAAAAUUACCAGUUCAUCGUUUCACCUCAGGGGUCAUCAAAGGGUAAUUUGCUUGGGGAAAUUACAUUCAACUUUGCAGUAUAUGCUGAGGCGCUCAAGCCUUCAUCACUGUCUUCUCCACUGAAGGCUUCAAACUCUGGCACAAUUUUACAUGUAACCAUCCAGAGGCUGCUUUCUGGUGACAACAGUGAAUGUGAAAAAAGCAAGAGCUAUACAGAAGUCUACAGUAAGAGCAUCAGGAGGCAGAUCAGUGACUGUGAUGCAGAUGUGUACUCAAAAGCUUCCGAAAGCACAUACGCUGUUGAAGAGUUUUCACCUAAUGCAGGAUCAGUACAGGAGCCAGCAUUUUCUCUCUCUAACAUGGAUAGCAAUCUUAGAGCAUCCAAUAGUUCAUCAGCAUCAAGUUCGGAUAGUGUUUCAGGGCAUGAAUUCCCUCAUGGAGUUGAACUAAGGAAUAACAGUAUGCACCAGGACACUGCAAGCUUCUUAUCAUUUCUAAGCAGCAACACAAAGCUUCAAAAAAAUGUUGAGAAAGAAACAACAAAGGUGUUGCGAGAGAAACAAGAAUCACAUAUUUUAGAAACAAAGACGUCGAGAGAGAUACUGGAUGGAUCCGAGACCAGAGAAGCAAGAACUUUGAGAGAGAAACUCCAUGAAUCAGACUAUGAAGGGAAACUUUUGAGAGAGAAACUGUAUGGAUCUUUAACUGGAGAAGCAAAGAUGUUGAGAGAGAAAUUGCAUGAAUCUGAGAGCUCGAUUGAGAAGCUAAAUAACGAGAUUGCCAUUUUGGCAAGACAAGCAGAAGUAUCAGAUCUUGAGGUACAAACUCUUAGAAAGCAGAUCAUGAAGGAAAGCAGAAGGGGGAAUGAUCUUUCAAAGGAAAUCCAUGUUUUGAGGGAGGAGAGAGAAACCUUGAAAAAGGAGCUCGAAUUGGUAAAAAAUUCUCCUAAGAAAAAUGAGAAUGUCAAAAUUUUAGACAGUUUAAGGCGUGAAGAUCUAGAUUCUACAUGCAUUUUCGAGGAGAUCAAACAAGAGCUUGAGUAUGAGAAAGAAAUGAACACCAAUCUACGUUUGCAACUACAGAAGACACAAGAGUCUAAUACGGAGUUAAUUUUAGCUGUUCGAGACUUGGAUGAACUUUUGGAGCAAAAAAACAGAGAGACACAUGCAACUGCUGAGAGAGAGAGUUCUUGCACGUCUCGCAACCAAAGACCUGAAAUACCAUAUACUGAUGAGAGAGGACACCAUUGUAUCUCUUGCAAGCAAAGAAUUGAAGCUCCCAAUGUUGACCAGAGAAAAAAUUAUCAUGAAGCUCAAAAUCAGGCUCUUGGACAAGAAACAGAGGAAGACAGCGCACUUGAAGCCUUAGUCAAAGAUCACAAAAGCACAGACAUGGCAUACUCAUUAGAGCAAAAGAUAGCAGAGCUCAAUGAAGAGAUUGAAGCUUAUAAGAAAGAUCAUGAAAAUUUGGAGACACAAAUGGAACAGCUCGCUCUUGAUUACGAGAUUUUGAAGCAGGCAAAUCAUAAUCUUACCUUGAAGCUAGAGCAAACCCAGCUCCAGGAGCAGCUUAAGAUACAAUAUGAAUGUUCGCUAAAUUUGGCAAUGAUUAGUGACCUUGAGACACAAGUUGAAAAUCUAGAGAAAGAAAUAGAGAAACAAGCUGAGGCUUUCGAAGCUGAUUUGGCUGCACUCACAAUUGCUAAGGUUGAGCAGGAAAAACGAGCAAUAUGGGCAGAAGAAACCUUGAAGAAAACCAAAUGGAAUAAUGCCAGUAUGGCUGAGAAGCUUCAGGAUGAAUUCAAGUUUCUCUCUCAACAAGUGAAUUCUACAUUUGAAGCCAACGAGAAGCUGUCUAUGGAUGCAUUAACUGAGGCUAGCGAGCUUCGGCUGGUUAAAACCCAUUUGCAAGAGUCCUUGGAUAAAGUCUAUAAAGAUCUUGAGGCCAUGAAAGAUCAAUAUGAAAGUAGAGUACUCGAGCUCACAAACCAGUUGGAGUACAACAAAGAAGAGAACGAAAAGCUUCAGUUGAGACUCGAGCAACUAUCUGUGGAGCUUGAAAGCCGAAAGGCAUCGGAGCAAGCAAAAAUUGAUGAGGUUUCAUCUGAGAUUUCAACACUUAAAAUGGAGAUUGAAACACUUGGGGGAGAGAGAGACACCUUUGCCAAAGAGAAACAAGAAAAAGAGAAAUUGAGGGUUGAGAUGGAGCAAAUGAAAAUUCUAAUCGAAGAGAAAGAUGCAAUGUUGCAGCAGAAAAACAUUGAAAUAAGCAAAUUAGAAACAGAGGCUGCUGCUACAGCAAGAGGCAAAGCAGGAAGAGCAGUAGAGAACUUACAUGCAGUACCAGCUGAAGAUAGAGAAGAAAAAGAGCAACUGAUGGCCAAAAUAAAACAAAUGAAAAUGCUAAUUGAAGAGAGAGAGACAAUUUUGCGAGAGAAGGAAAUGGAAAUAACCAUUUUAGAGCGAGAGGCUGUUUUAAGGGGGGAGGAAGUCAAAAAGGCACAGGAAGUGUUAUACACAUUGAAGUCUGCAGAAGAAGAAAGGGAAGCGAUGGUUCAGUUUCUGAAGUCAGAGCUGGAAUCCUCUACAUCUCAGUACAAUGAGCUCAAGCAUGCAUUGUAUGAAGAUGAAGUAGAGAAAGAGAACCUAAGAAAACAGUUAUUCCAUCUCAAGGGGGACCUUAAGAAGAAGGAAGACUCUGUGAACACAAUGGAGAAAAAGCUCAAGGAUUGCAGUUCAAGGGUGGCAAACUCUGUUCCAGCUUCAAAGCUGGGCUUCGUGAGAGAGAAAAACAAGUCUGCCCCUCGUGGACUUAAGGAGGCCACUAGCUUAAGAGAGAGAGUCAAACUUCUUGAGGGAGAAGUGAAAUUGAAGGAAGCUGCAUUGGAAAACUCAAAGAAAGAGUUUGUGAAGAGAGAGAAGGAUCUUCAUGAAAGAAUCAAGGAACUGGAAAAGGGUGUCAGAGAGCUUGCACAGGAAAACCCAAAUUCAUGUACAGAUGAAUAUCAGAUAAAUUCUUUCAACAACCAAAAUGGUGAGACUUUGAGGGAUGAAAAAGAUGUCCCUGAGAUACUUGAAGCCACUGUAGACAACUCUUCAGUUAAGAAACUGCAGGGAUAUGAGAAGAUGAAUGCCCAAGGGGUAACUGAGGUGAAAUCAAUACAUAAAAAUACCAUUGUAGUUGAGUCACCUGAUUCUGUUAUGGAAGCUGCAAGUCAGAUACCGGACCCAAAGAGGAAUUAUGUAGAACAAGUAGAAAGGAUCGUGAAGAAUGACUCAACCAUGGAACAGAAACUCAGUCUUGACUUAAUAGAUGAUCGGGCCAGUUUUAUUGAAUUGAUGAAUGAAUUAGAAUUCCUGAAAAUGAAGAACAAAUCCAUGGAAGAUGAGCUUAAAGAAAUGCAAGGAAGAUACUCCGAGAUAAGCCUCAAGUUUGCAGAAGUAGAAGGAGAGAGGCAACAGCUAGUGAUGACUGUCCGAAAUCUCAAGAAUUCUAAGAAAAACUGAUUAUUGAAAAUCACAUGUGGUGUAUAGAUGAAGUUAGAGGAGGAUAGGUAGCAGUUUCAAAAGGAAUACGAGCUGAUAGAGCUUUUUUAUAAGAAAAGUAUCCUGUGUAUACAAGUAAUUCUUUUAUAAGCAGGCAUCAUUGUCUGCAUUAUAUUGUAAUGGAAAAAAUAAAAAAAUGGAAAGGGAAAGGAAAAGAAAGAAAGGGAAGUGCCGUUUCAAGCCUUAUGUUGUGUGCAUAUUCUUAGGGGAUCAUCAAUACCAACUUCUCAACAAUUAAGCAAGCCUUGAAGUUGGAAUAGUUGUAACCCAAGUUAGGAAAGCUAUAGCUAACACAAGUUAAAAA